GGACUCAGAUUGUUUUCUAUCCAUAACAGCCCUUUUCUCCUUGCUUUUCAGUUAGUUUUUGCAGGUGUUAAGUGGAAGAAAUAAUCCUACUCUCUCUUCUGAUGUUUGAGAGCUGACACCUUAAAGUUCACUCCUCUCUUCUUCCUCUGCCCACUGCUGGGAAAUUUGAGAGAAGGGAUCAGCACAUGCGCAGGAGGAACCUACCGCCGUCCAGGAAAGAACCACAGAGAAGGACUAGAGGGCGCACCCCUGGGGCUCUCGUGGUCAGGAGCAGGGUCUCUCCUCACCCGCUGGGGCAAGGAAAAUAAAAUCUGAUAAAUAAGGGAGCACCAGAUGGUGGCCUCUGAAGGGUUUUACAGAGCAUUGAGGAACGAUGCUGACCCCGUAUGCCCUCAGUUCCACGGUAGCACUCAUGGACAUGGUCCUCCGCUCUCCCACCUCAGCCCUGGCUGAGUUCAUAUCCAGACCUAUCCACUGCCACGCCCUGGGACUGUUACCUAAUCCCAUUAGGAGACCCACCCAGUGACCUCUUUUGCUCUGUCACUGUCUCCUUUUUAGGAAGUGGCCACAGCAGAUGGUGUAGACCUGGCUCCUCUGGGAUCCUGCUUUUAACUCAUUGGCAGGUGUCCCUGAGCAGAGCCCCAAGGCUGGCAAAGGGCCAGGUCACUCUGGGGGCAGCCGUCUUGCGGCUUGGACUCUGGGCAGUACUGGCUCCAGUCCGGUGCUCUCAAGGCCGUCCCUCAUGGCGCUACAUCUCUUCGGAGUUGGUGAUACCCAGGAAGGAGUUGCACUGAGGCAAGGGUGUUAGACGCCAGGCUGGCUCUCCUACAGCCUGCGUUUUGGGGGCCAGAGGCACGUUAUCCACAUGCGGCGCAAGAAGUUAUUUUGGCCCGGACACCUGCUGCUGAUGACUCAGGAUGACCAAGGAGCCUCGCAGAUGGACUACCCCUUCAUCCCUUCAGAUUGAUACUACCUCGGCUACCUGGAGGAGAUUCCUUUUUCCAUGGUCACCAUGGACACGUGCUAUGGGGGUCUUGAAGGUAUUAUGAAGUUGGAUGACCUUGCGUAUGAAAUCAAACCCCUCAAGGAUUCGGAAAGGUUUGAACAUGUGGUUUCUCAGAUAGUGGCAGAUGCCAGUGCAACAGGACCUGCAUAUGGACCGGGACACAAGGAGGAUAGGCACCCACUGUUCCCUGAAGCAGAUGUCAGUGUAGCCCCCAGGAGUGGUGCUAGGGUGUUUGCAGCACAUAAGGGAAUUAUGAAAGGAUUUGUUCAAUAUUCUAAUUCAAUGUAUCGUGUAUACAACAAUGUGUCUAAGUGUGUGGAAAUCCUGGUACAUAUGUGUAGUAUAGUGGACUCCUUUCAACAAGGUCUUGCUGUCAGGUUCUAUCUAGUCGCAGUGGCACUAUUUAAUGAAAGAGAUCCAACUGUCAUGAAUGACUAUAGAGUACCAGGUGGUGCAUACGCUCGUUAUCACGCAAAGAAUUUCAGACUAGUCAUAGAAAGCACUUCAUCCUUGAUGGUAAUCCGUGAUGGACCACGGCCAGGCCAGUUUGAGCCAGAGACUUAUACCGUGUGUAACACUGAUCGUAGCCUGCUCUUCGUUGGUUAUCUAGGCAGACAUUAUUUAAUAUUAGCUAUCGUGUCAACCCAACUCAUUGGGAGAAGUUUUGGUCUGUGGUAUGACGGUGAUAACUGCUAUUGCAUGCGAAGGACCACCUGCCUUAUGGCAAAAUACCCAGGCUUGACAGAUGCCUUCAGUGACUGUUCCAUCGGGCACUGGUGGAACAUAGUAGUGAUACGGGGCAGUUGUAUAGUUAACACGACGGUGAGCUAUUUUAAUGAAAGCCUGAUAAAGACGCGUUGUGGAAACUAUAUAGUAGAGGAUUGGGAGCAGUGUGACCGUGGCUCCUUCAAGCAGUGUUAUAGCAACAAAUGCUGCGAGUAUGACUGUAUGUUGGUGGAAGGGGCUACUUGUAAUGAAGGACUAUGCUGUACAGACUGUAUCUACUCUGAACCUGGGACACUCUGCAGACCAAUCCAAAAUACAUGUGAUCUUCCAGAGUACUGUUUUGGAACAACCAGUCAAUGCCCGGAAGACUUUUAUAUGCAGGAUGGAACGCCCUGUACUGAAGAAGGCUACUGCUAUCAUGGAAACUGCACUGACCGCGCCAUGCACUGCAGAGAAAUCUUUGGAAGACACGCUACUAACGCUCAUGAUGUCUGCUAUACAAUAAAUCGAAAAGCCAAUCGAUUUGGACACUGUACAAGAAAUGAUAGGGUGUUGAACCAUGCUGCUUGUGGAGAAGCAGACAUAAAAUGUGGAAGGCUGCAGUGUAGCAAUGUCACUCCUGUUCCCCGGUUGCAGGAACAUGUUUCAUUCCAUCAGUCAGAGAUCUCAGGGGUCUGGUGUUGGGGAGUAGGCCGUCACUGUUCCCCAGAAACAACUGAUGUUGGUCAUGUGAGAAGUGGUACCCCCUGCGCUCCUGAGAGGUUCUGUCUCAAUAGCACCUGCAGUGCUCGUAUAGGUGCAAUAACUUAUGACUGUCCCCCUAAGAAACGCAGUCAUAGAGGAGUUUGCAACAAUAGGAGGAAUUACCAUUGCCGUGUAGGCUGGGAGCCUCCCCUGUGCUUAAAGAGAGGUCCUGGAGGGAGCAUGGACAGCGGACCCAGUUCAAGGAGAAUUCGCUCGGUAGAAACAAGCCAAGCCUCGAUCCUAUAUUUGAAGCUGGUCUUUGGUCGCAUUUAUGCCUUCAUAGCUGCACUCCUCUUUGGUGUGGCCACCAAUGUUAAAAAUGUCAAGACCUCCAGAGUUAAGGAAGUGUCGUAGGUGACAAAUAAAUUAUAAACCAGCCUCCCGACCCCUGUACAACCAUUGGUAAUGUAGAAGUAAUAUCAAUAUAUAUGAUGAAAUCAGUAAUAAGAUGGCAAAGAUGAAUAUCAUGUUCUUGAAGUCUGCGGGAGAUGACGGCGGGUUUCCGUACAUCAGGGGCGGUCGAGAGGCAUCGAUGUUCUCACAUCAGGUCUCUUUGAUAGGUCGCUGAUCAGCGCUCCGAAAUAAAUCUUGAAAAACCACUUGUUGGUGCCCUCUAAUAUUUUGUAAACUCUAAGAGAGCAAAAUGAGCCUGAGACUUUGGCCCGGAGAGAGACCUGAGUCAGCAGCUGGGUCUUGACCUGAGUUCACUGGUCCCAGUAAUAACAAAAAUUUUCAUGGGCUUCUUUCGGGGCAGCUUCAUGACAUUUCUCCAAAUCAGUGCUCUUGAACACUGGGGUUUUCCGCUUCCUCUAUUUAAUCUCUUCUUCUCUAAACCCAAAGUGGGUUCAGGGUAAUAGAGGGCCCCUUCCAACCAGCACUGUCUGUCUCCUUCUGGGGUGGCUGUGGUCUGUGGGAUGAGAGUGAUGUGGGCUCCAUUCCCACCUAGCAUAAACUAGGACACUCUGGAGAGCAUAUUUCCCAAGGUGGGACAUGGAGAUCAGGAGGCUGAAUGUCGCAUUCACUGAAAUUCCAUCAGAAAGUUAGGUAGAAAUGCCUAUCAGUUACUCUGGCAUUCAGAGGGAGUCCUGUGAAUGUUAAUCCUUCCCUUCCUUCUUGCAUCUACAUUUCGGUGCACUUUCAGUGAAUGUGAGCUGAGGAAUUCCUGAUGAAUAACAGACACUAGUCUUUUUUAUUUUAUUUUAUUUUUUAUUUAACAUCUUUGUUGGGGUAUAAUUGCUUCACAGUGUUGUGUUAGUUUC